AUGCUGAUGGUGGCCAUGCCACAUUCCACACACAAGGACAGAAGAAGCCGUCGUCCACCUUCCAGGAUCUGCCGCCUCGCUAGCGCUGCCGCGCUUUGUGGCAGCUUCGCAGCCUGCGCCUGGGCCCUGUCUGGGGCAGCUGGUGGCAGCCGCCCGAAUGGAGACGUGGCCGUGUGCCCGAUUUUCCGGAAAGACCUGGAAGGGAAGGCCAUUUGCGAAGGCAUCGAGAGUUAUCCCUUCAAAUGGGCAAACUCAGAUUGCAAUGGCAUCCUGCCGCUGGUGAUCGUUCAGCCCAAGACGGAUGCAGACGUCGCCCGUACUGUCCGGAGGACUGCAAAGCUCGGUCUGCCGUUGAGCGUGCGGAGUGGCGGGCACAGCUACACUUGCGACGGGAUUAAGCCGGGAUCUGUCCAUCUGGACUUGAGGCUCAGGAAGCAGAAGCGUUUCUACAACAAAGAUGGUGUUUGGUAUGCUGAGUUUGAAACAGGGAAUACAUUCCGAGACCUCUUCCGGAUCAUCGACCGCCGCCGCUUCUCGAUUGUGCAUGGCGCCUGCCAUGCGGUGGGUGUUGGAGGCUUCUAUCUGCACGGAGGGCUGCAUUUGAACUCGCUGACCGCUCUCUAUGGCUGGGGCAACGAGUCGGUUGAAAGCAUGACGGUUGUGACCGCUGAUGGGCGCAUCCGGGCUCUCAACGCUUCGUCAGGCGACCAGGAUCUAUGGUGGGCAAUGCGUCGUGCUGGGUCCAACUUUGGCAUUGCGACAUCUUUGACGGUCAGGGUGUUCGAGGCCCCUGAGCCGCAGACGUGGCUCUUUUGGGUGAAGAUGUCCCACGAUGAGGUUGUCAACCUCUUCCUCAGGUCCAUGUCGGAUCUGGAGGUUCAGCUCAACCUCUAUUACGUGAACCCUCCCUUUUUCCAGGUGAGCCUCAGCAGGCCCGACAUCUUCACACUGCAGUUCACCCUGCUCCGGGGACCUCGUGACUACUGGCAGAACUUGCGGGCCAGCUUAAACUGGCUCGGCUCACAUGGCGUGCCUCUUUCCUGGUGGACGGUUGCUUUCAACGCCGUCGUUCCGAAGCCCGAUGAUCUUACACACUUGGGCUAUCCGGCCGCCUGGGUAUCCUCGCAAGCGAUUUGGCCUACUGGCUCCUCGUGCACAGACAAUGCCCUGCACCUGCUUCUGGACCAGCAGUCGGCGAUUGUUCGACGAGCUCAUUUUCACUCCUUUCGGAAGCCAGGGUGCUGGCUGACGUUCUCGAGGCUCCCUGGCGAUCAGAUUUACUACGAGUACAACUGCCCCAGCCGCCCAGCUUACCUCCAGCACCUGCGCGACGUGGAAACCAGUUUUGAGGGCAUGUGCCCCAGUUCGGUGAAGUACCGCAACACACCCCACUGGAAUGCCAGUGCCAAGCGCUACUAUCCCGACGCUCGCGAGCUCUUGCAGACAAAGAGAAAGUGGGAUCCACUGAAUCUGCUCGGGCCUGCAUUGAUGUCUGUCCAGGAUCUCGCCUAG